AAAAUGUAUUUUUAUUUUCAAGCUUAAACACGUUCUCAAAUAGUAAUGUGUACGACUAUUACAAUUUAUUAGAAUCAGUUUUUCUGCAAGGUCACUAGGUGGUGUUGCGCACGGCGCGAGAAAAAAAAAAGAAGAGCGGUCUACUCGGCGCACUUUUCAAAAUGUCGUCGCACCGAAACGUGCCGCUCGGCCCCCGGGUUUCUGCGCGUCAGAGGGAGCUCCUCCUGUCUUUUAUGGAGGAGCACCCCGCCCUCGUGCCGCCGUCGUACCCACUGGGGCCAUCGCUCACAAAGGCCGACAAGGAGGCGCUGUGGGUCCAGCUGAAGGCGCUGCUGGAUGCCGAAGGCCCUGCACGCAAGACCGUGCAGCAGUGGCAGGCCUUCUGGCGGAAGCAGCGGUUCUACGCGGACCAGGCGCUGGCCCUUGUCAGGCAGCAGCAAAGGGGAACCGGAGGCGGUCAGCUCGCUGGAUUCCACGGCCGCAUCCUGCAGCUAACCGGAACCGCGCGGGUGGAUGGUGCGCGAGCCGCUGUGUACGGGCGGUCGGAAGCGUUGGUCCCCCCAGAUGAGAGCCUGCAGGCGCGAGCUCUCGCUGGGGACUUCCGGCGCCCUCAGCCCAUGCAGCCAUUGCCCGCCCAGCCUACAGUUUCGGUUGGCGAGACACCCGGCACCAGUGGCUUGCAGGUGAAUUUGCACACAUCGCAUUUUUUUUUUCGUUUAUUGCACUCGGUGUUCAUAAAGCAGUGUCUUACUUGAACGGGCUUUUCAGAGCGUUGCACGCGGUGCCGGUGGUGUGGCCGAGCAGGAUGCGGCCCAGGAGUGCCUGAGUGCUCCAGCUCGUAAGUUGGAGUCUCCUUGUCCUGUUAGCUGUACCAAUAUUAACAGUUUAAUGGAAUCACCCAUCGGCAUGUGAUGCUUCUUACCGUGUCAUUCCUUUUAAACAUGAGUUACAUAGGCUUCUGCUGUGAAAAAAAUAGCAUAACUUGUAUGCUUUCAGCACCACAACGCCAAAGGCGCCGCCGAGUGCCGCCGGCGGGUGCCCGUGAAGCCCUCCCACGCCUAGUGGAACUGCACACCCGGAACAGUGAGCAGCAGCA